AUGAUUAUUGAACGUUCACUAUGGGGCGGUCGACGGGUCGCGCCGCCAUCGAAAAAAGCGGCAGAAAGACGAGUCCUUCAUAAUUUGUUGGUCUGCCGGACAGAUGCGCUGCGAAAUGUGGAAAGGUACCACCAAUUCGACGGAGCUAUGACGAGAACUCGGCGAAAAUCACAAAAUCAGGCAAAAGGUUACGGAGGUUUCUUUCCAAACGCGUCAAUUCUACAUUUGGAGAAUAUUCGAUCAUCAGCUACAAACACUCCUUCGAUGCCAGAAUAA